AAAAGGUUCUCUGGCUGGACACUGCUCAGUCCACUGCCUAGCAGGUGCCCCAUUCCAGGUGGAGAACUGAGAGAGUCUUCCUGUGGAGCUAGGGUCUGGUUCACCGUGACUAGCUGAGCCUCACCAUGUCCUCCCAGCAGAGCACGGCUUCCGCCAAAGGCUUUUCCAAGGGGUCUGCCCAGGGUCCCUCUCCGUGUCCGGCUCCGGUUCCCGGCCCUGUGCCCGCAGCCUCAUCCUCCUGCUGCGACUGCGGGGAGGGCUGCUGCGGCUCCGGCGGCUGCUGCGGCUCCGGGGGCUGCUGCGGCUCCGGCGGUUGCGGCUGCUUCCCCAGGAGGCGCCGCCGACAGCGCCGGAGUGGGUGCUGCGGCUGCUGCGGGGGUGGCAGCCAGAGGUCACAGAGCUCCAGCAAUGCCCAGCGCCAAGGCUGCUGCGGAGGCUGCUGAGGCCCCUGCUGAGCCCUGCGGUUCCCCGCCCCCCUGGAGUCCCGCCGCCUGUCACUUCGCUGUGCUCUCGCACGGGGCUGGGUCGGAGUGUUCCGCUUGUCAACCUACCUGCACCGGAUAUUCUGAGAGCUACCCUGUUCGCAGCCCCACCGAACACUCUGACCCCCCGUGUGAUUAUCCUCCCCGGGAACCUAAAUGCCAUGGGUGGGAUAAUGGAGCCUACUGUCGGCAGGGGCUUGCACACAGUAGGUGCUUAAUAAAUAUCCAUGUCGUAAUAAAGCUGCUACCUCCUGAGAACACUUUA